UUCAUCACUAUCUCAAAGCAUGCAGAUCACGGAAUCAGUUCCUGAACUGUUCACUCCAAUGAGCCUCGAACUGUUGGAGGCUGCAAGGUCGGGCGAUACCAACAUACUUGGAACGAGCAUCCCUGACGUCCCUGUGACGGCCGGAGGGAACUCGAUGCUUCACAUCGCAGCCAAGCCGGGACACACCGAUUUCUGCAAUGAAGCCCUCGACCGACAGCCCUUGCUCCUCCAGUUGAAGAACGCACGAGGAGACACUCCAUUGCACAUCGCCGCGAGGGCAGGCCAUCACCAGCUAGUGAAUGACCUCAUCUCUAUUGCCUCUGGAAGGAGCGCCCAGGGCGACGACAGAGUGUGUUCACUAGUCCAGAUGGCAAACGACGUUGGUAACACUGCCUUGCACGAGGCGGUACAGAACGGCCAUGAACAGGUCGUCGAUGCACUAAUGGCGAAGGCUCCAGGUGUGUCCGCGGUGACCAACAACGUCAAUGGCGUCUCGCCACUCUUCACGGCGGUAGAGUGCGAGUCGGUGCCGAUCGUGCGACGAUUACUGGAGGCGGGCGAGGCGUCAUGCGACGGACCCAACGGGCAGACAGCUCUGCACUCCGCUGUCCUUAGGAGCUACGAAAUCACAAAAAUAUUGCUGGAGGAGAGACCAAGGUUACUGGAGAAAGCCGAUAACAAUGGAAGUACUCCUCUCCACUUUGCUGCCUCGGACAGUGAUAUUGCAAUGGUAAAACUACUCCUGGAAAAGGAUGCAUCCAUUGCGCGUCUGCAAGACAAUGAUGGUGCCUCUGCAAUUCAUGUUGCUGCUCGUGGCGAGCAUGUAAGUACAAUUGAGCAUCUCGAUAAAGUAUUGCCUGAUUGUGUGGAGCUGAUGGACAAUCAAGGCAGGAGCUUCCUUCGUGUAGCCAUUGAAAAGGAAAGUGAAACAGUUAUCAGUCAUGUUCUCGGAUCACCGCAUCUCAUUGAUCUUCUAAAUCAGCCAGAUAAAAAAGGGAACACGCCCUUACAUGCAGCUGCGUUAUCUGGAAACUUAUCUAUCACAAGGAUGCUGUUGUCCAAUAAAAACAUUAGGAAAAGUGCAAUGAACAACGAAGGUCAUACCGCUCUUGAUGUCGCUUUGCGCCGCACACGGACACCACUUGAACCUCGGAACUUAUUGAUUGAACAACUGAUGAUCAAUGAUUCAUGGUUCUGUCCUAAGCGCCGUGAUUCAGAUCGUUUGGAGAUGCAAAAAGAAGAACCUCGAGAUUAUACAUUAUUCGCCAACAACUUGUCCUUGACGGCAGGGCUUAUUGCCACCGUCACAUUCACUGCAGCAUUUACUUUGUCACGAGGCUACAAAAGUGAUGUGAGCAAUGAUCCAGGCAUGCUAGAAACACCGAAUAGAAUUCUUUUUGGAAUGUUUCUGAUAUUUGACACCUUGGUUAUGACAACAUCCUUCCUGGUUCUCCUCCUCGUCCUUCAAAUCCACUUGGGCAGUAAAAAUUAUCAGAUCCUGCAACUUCCCAAUGCCAUACUGCUGUUGCAGAUCUCAAUAUUAGCUUUGAUAUUAGCAUUCUCCUGUGGAUUAUACCUACUCAUUCCGGAUGAAUUCACCUGGCUCGCUCAUUUCAUUGGGGUUUGGAGUCUCAUUUUUAUUCGGUACAUUACAUGGAACAUUUUAAUUACCUUGCAUUGGUUCGGACUAAGUGCGGCAAGGAAACUCCGUGACGUUUAUACGUCCUAUUCAGAGGCGUUUUCUUCACGUAAGUUCAUCAUGUAAGACUUCAUAAUUGGAGUAGUGGUGGUUCCAGAAUAAAGUGCCCCCCCUUCCAAAUUUUCUUGUUUGUUGGACUCCAUGUACUGUCAUAUUCUAGAAUACAGCUUGUUUCCAUGGAAUACAAGUGCCAGCCCCUUCAAAAUUCCCUUUUUGCUGAAAGCUCACUUGCUAUUCUUUUUUUUUUUUUUGGAAAGAAAAUGUCAUUCAUUGUUCUUAGAAAAACUUUACUAGGGGAUUGCACAAGCUUUCUACAUCAUCCAUUGUACAAAUCAAACGAGGGGAACUUAGAGGUUCUACCAAAUCAAAACGUAGGUUGGUGGGCUUUGUGGUUGAGUGUCUUAGGCAUGAGAUUGAAACAAGAGAUCCGGAGGCUGCCCAUAAGGGUUUUACAUCAGAAAUAAUUGCUUGCAACUGCCAAGGGGUUUGUUUGCUGGAAGCCAUUAACGAAGUAGAUGAUAGCUUGAGCAUCGGAUCGAAGCCAAAUGUUCCUCGAGCCCAUAGCUUUAGCAUGCCUGAGAGCCUCCAAAAUGGCCAGAGCUUCUACCAUCGAGGGAUUAUGGGUUUUUGCAAGCCGAGCAUCCAACUGCAAUUGUUUUGUUGGUCGGGGAGGCGUCUGCCGGCGACCUUAAAAUGGUGAAGAGGAUGCUGCGUCCACGGCGUAUUUGCGUGACGAUGACGGAGCCUUUGCGAUACACGUUGCAGCAAGUUGCGGACAUUUAGAUAUAGUAUUCAAACAUCCCACAGAAAAAUGCCCCUAUUUAUUCUAUGCAGCUGAUGGACGAUCGGGACAGGAACU